AUGGAGUCCAGACGGCGACCCGGGCCGGGGCCGGGGCUGCCCGCGGCCAAGCGGCCGCGCGGGGGUGGCGGAGCUUGGGCCGAAGAGGACGAGGUGGCCCCGUCCCAGUUCGAGGAGGAGCUGGCCCUCAUGGAGGAGCUGGAGGCGGAGCGGAGGCUCCAGGAGCAGGAGGACGAGGAGCUGCAGCUGCCCCCCGAGGGCGCGCCUGACGGGCAGCUCCCCGCCUCUGCCCGGGAUGCUCGGUGGCUCCGGCCAGCCCCACCCGCCCUGGACCCCGGGACCGAAGCCCUCGUGUUCCAGCAGCUCGAGAUCGACCACUACGUGGGCUCCCCGCUGUCCUCGCCGCUCCCAGGGACCCCCCAUCCAGCCCCUGGCGCAGCCCCCGAGGCCGUCCCCAUCCUGCGGGCCUUCGGAGUCACUGAUGCUGGAGUCUCCGUGUGCUGCCACAUCCACGGCUUCGCCCCCUACUUCUACGUCCCGGCGCCCCCCGGCUUUGGCCCCGAACACCUGAGCGACCUGCAGCGCGAGCUGAACUCCGCUGUGAGCCGAGAGCAACGAGGGGGCAAAGAGCUGAAGGGGCCCGCCGUGCUGGCCGUGGAGCUGUGUGCCCGCGAGAGUAUGUAUGGCUAUGUGGGCCGGGGCCCCUCCCCCUUCCUGAGGGUGACGCUGGCCCUGCCCCGCCUCGUGGCGCCCGCGCGCCGCCUGCUGGAGAACGGCAUCCGCCUGCCCGGCCUCGGCUCCCCCAGCUUCGCGCCCUACGAGGCCAACGUGGACUUUGAGAUCCGGUUCAUGGUGGACGCCGACAUCGUGGGCUGUAACUGGAUCGAGCUCCCGGCGGGAAAGUACCGGCUGAGGACGGAGGGGAAGGCCACACUGUGCCAGCUGGAGGCGGAUGUGCUGUGGGCAGACGUGGUCAGUCACCCUCCUGAGGGGCCGUGGCAGCGGAUCGCGCCCCUCAGGGUGCUCAGCUUCGACAUCGAGUGCGCCGGGAGGAAAGGCAUCUUCCCGGAGCCGGAGCGGGACCCCGUGAUCCAGAUCUGCUCCGUGGGCCUGCGCUGGGGGGAGCCCGAGCCCUUUCUGCGCCUCGCCCUGACCCUGCGUCCCUGCGCCGCCAUCCUGGGCGCACAAGUGCGCAGCUAUGAGCGCGAGGAGGACCUCCUUCAGGCCUGGGCCAACUUCGUGCGUGCCCUGGACCCCGACGUCAUCACUGGCUACAACAUCCAGAACUUCGACCUGCCCUACCUCAUCUCCCGGGCGCAGACGCUCAAGGUCUCAGCCUUCCCCUUCCUGGGCCGCAUCUCCGGCCUUCGCUCCAACAUCCGGGACUCGUCCUUCCAGUCUAAGCAGACGGGCCGGAGGGACAGCAAGGUGGUCAGCAUGGCCGGCCGGGUGCAGAUGGACAUGCUGCAGGUCCUGCUGCGAGAGCACAAGCUCCGCUCCUACACCCUCAAUGCUGUCAGCUUCCACUUCCUGGGCGAGCAGAAGGAGGACGUGCAGCACAGCAUCAUCACCGACCUGCAG